CUAUAGACCCAUGCGCAUUGCGCGGUGCAAAGACUCUUAGUAAUGAAGUUUAUACACUUGAAUAUUGUUAUCUAUAGCUAUUUGAAGUUUUUGUACGAGUUAGAUAGUAUUCUGUGACAAGGUUUUAUUUGUUCCUUCCAUUUCCUUUUGUCCGGAGAAGAUUUCAUGAGACGGCGGCACUACUUAAUAGGAAAUUACUAGUGGCUGGUUUGUUUUCAUUAUUUAGUGUUUCUUUUCUUAUCAACUUGGUAUACUUUUUGUUAGCACCUUUUGAACUGCUAGUUUAAGUAUAUAGUAGCUCAUUACAUCGUUAAAGAAUGGUCAUUUUUGCAUUAGAAAUGUAGUUAGAAGGAAGAUUAAGGCAUAAAGUUAAGAGUGUUUUAGGGGGAAUCUUUCUUUUCUUUUUGCAGUUCAGUGGUUCUUAUAAUAAGAAUGUCAUAUAUUAGUGGACUUAAUAGCCACUAUUAUUAAGCUUUAAACUCGCUUUUAGACGAUAGUGAUGCAUCGGGAUUGCGAAUAUUUGUUUGUUGCAGACAGCAGACUGAGUGGAGAAGCAGCAAAGCAGCGAGAAAUAUAUGUAAUAUGCUCAUUCCCCUUGUGGCCUUGUGUAUAGAAUAUAGACAUUGCCUAUUUUGCCUUUGCUAAAGAGAAAGUGAAGGAUAUAAUGAGAACUAGUGGACACCUUUUCUGAGCUAGUCUUUGGUGUUUUUCUUGACCAUCUUUCUUUGGCUUAGCUAAGCAUGAUCUAUAUAUUUGUGUUUAACAUAUGAAUUACUCUAAGAUCUUCAAUUUCAUUUUUUAAGGCAGAUUGCUUUAUGUUUGUUCCUUUUCUUAUCAUUAUUCAGUCAAAAGAAGAAAAAAAAGGGAAGAUGGGGGACCAAAGAACAUAAUUUUGUAUAGUUAUCAUAUAAAGGAAUGUUCUGCCAACCAAAAACCAACCUUCCUGCAUUUAUACCAGAGAUCCUCAUUAUUUCAGCAUACUGAAUUGCUGAAGUUUUGAAGAUGAAAAGUUUCUUAUAGCUAAAACAUGGGGAAUUGCCUGUUUGGUGGGAUGGGAGGUGGGGAGGCAGCACAGACCAUCCAAGUUGUGACUGCAAACGGCGGGAUCAUGGAAUUCCAUGGCCCUAUAACUGUUGGGUUUAUCCUAGAAGAAUUCCCUUGCCACGCCAUAUUCAAGAGUGAUGAUCUUUUUUGGAAGCCAUUGUUAAACAGCGAAGAACUUCAUCCUGGAGUGUCAUACUUGCUUCUUCCGCUUCAUACGAGUAAAGACGCAUUCGAUGUUAAGGUCGGUCAUGUUAGGUCCAAGAGUAUACCUAACUGUACAACAGGAGGGGGGAAUGCAGCAGCUUAUAGAAUGUCCUUUGACAGUAGGAGUACUACUACUCAAAGUAAUGUUCUUAAGAGAUCAAAUACUGAUGUUUUUUCAAGGUAUAAUAAAGGAGCAGCAAAAGAAGGUGUUUGGAAGGUGAAGCUCGUCAUUAGUCCCGGGCAGUUAUUGGAGAUACUGUCACAAGAAGCGCGUACUGAAGAGUUGAUAGAGAGUGUCAGAACUGUAGCUAAAUGUGGUUGUGGUGGUGCUGCUUCAACUGGGUUUUCAGAUCAGUGGAGUGUAGCCAGUAGCAGGGCUUCCUCAAAGAAAGAUUAACUUUUUCUUUUUCCUUCUUUAAUUUUGCAUUUGUUUCUAACAAGAUGUCUGUUUAUAUAGUUUCUGGGGGAAGCAUUUAUAGACGCAGUGUUCUGCCUUAAAUUAGACAACUGAAUGUGCAAGUCCUCUGAUUAAUGCAUAUGAAUUCUCUUAUAAGUUCUGUUCUUUUUUUGACAUUAUAUGAAUUCUCAUAGUUUCAUACUA